AUGCCUGGAAACAUUAUUCCAGAGGUGUUCGAAGUGCCGUCACCCAGUGAGGCUCGCUCGCGCCUUACUAAGCCUUUGGAAUACAGCGGUCUGUUGGAUUCGUACCAGAACUCAGACUUGACACCUGUUAUUGGUCGUGAAUACCAUGGACUCCAAGUGGCGGAUGUGCUAGCCGCAAAGAACGGUGAUGCUUUGAUUAGAGACAUUGCUGUUACUGUCUCGCAGCGUGGUGUAGUCUUCUUGCGCAACCAGGAUGUGACACCGCAACAGAUGCAAGCGUUUAUGGAGCGCCUGACGACCCUCUCGGGUUGCCCUGAAUCAUCCAGCCUUCACGUCCAUCCCUUGACCGAGGAAGGCAGCGAGCUGGGCGACCAAAUAAGUGUCAUCAGCUCUGAGAAGCAGAAGAAGGGUGGCGGUUUGACCCACCAGCUCAGCGACACCACGCGCCUUGCUAGUGCUGGAUGGCAUUCAGACAUUACCUUCGAGCCUGUGCCUUCGGAUUAUGCUAUGCUGAAGAUUCACACACUACCACAGACCGGCGGUGAUACGCUUUGGGCUUCAGGUUACGAAGUUUAUGACCGCCUCUCGCCUGCUUUGGCUCAAUUCCUCGAGGGACUUACAGCGACUCAUGAAGCAAAGUUCUUCCAUGAGGAAGCUGCAAGGCUUGGCAAUCCACUUCGCACAACCAUUCGAGGCUCUCCUCUCAACCAAGGACCGGCACUGGAAGCUGUGCAUCCCAUCAUUCGCACGAAUCCGGUCACAGGAUGGAAGAGCGUCUACGUGAACCGUGGCUUCACACGACGCAUCAAUGGCGUGACCAAAGACGAAUCCGAUGUACUGCUGCAAUAUCUUUUCAACCUUGUUACACAAAACCAUGAUGCGCAGGUCCGGUUCAAGUGGAACAAGAAUGAUCUCGCAAUCUGGGAUAACAGAUCCACGUGGCACACGGCGACAUACGACUACGAGGCUGCAAGAGCAGGUGAUCGUGUCUGUUCUCUGGGUGAGAAGCCUUUCCUCGACCCUGCCUCAAGUAGCAGAAGAGACGCGUUACGUUCUUCGUAG